AUGCGAUGGCGACAGCGCAAGAUCGAAGUGCAGCAGAGAAAGGCGCCAGACCUCGAGUCACCGGCUGCGCAUCGUCCUCCUCUUCCUCCUCCGUUGCCGUUGCCUCUUCCACCCUCCAAGCAUGCCGCGUCCUUGGAAAGUUUGUACGCGUCUGCUCUUGAGGGGAGGACAGAGGUGAUGCGACUGCUGAUUGAGGAUGACGUCGACGUGCAGGGAAGGAACAGGCAAGGACUGCAAGCUUUGCACGCUGCUGCGGUGUCUGGACACGCCGAAUGCCUCAAGUUGCUUCUUGCCAGCCACGCAAAUCCAAAUGCGAAAACGAAUGAUGGCAGGACGGGGCUAGCGCUGUCGGCGAUGAUGGGGCAUGUGUCCUGUCUGGAUGUGCUGCUGGAGGAAGGAGCCGACCCGCAGCUCUGCGAUGCCAUGGGUUUCACUCCAGUCAACUGUGCAGUCAUGAGCGGGCGAGUAGAGGCCGUCAGGUUCCUCGCUGCCCGCAUGAGUGCGGACAGAAGCGAACAGGAACAGGACAGCGCGAGGAGAAGGGAAGAGGUCGAUUGCAAGUUUGCUGCCCUCAUGUAA